CGGAGUGUUACUACAUUAUAGGCCUCCUAAAUUUGUUGUAUUUUGGCAAUUUGUCCUAAAAAGUAUGCAAAUUUAAAAAGUCCAUGAUCUUAGAGCUUUAUGUAUAUUUAUAUAUAUAUAUGCGUGUGUUCAGGCAGAGAAAUGGUUAUGGAUACAGCAGCUUUAUCCGAUGAGGCCCCGGCUCCUUCUUGGUUCACUCCUAAAAGGUUGAUUGUAGUAUUUUUUGUCAUCAACGUGGUUAAUUUUGUGGAUCGAGGAGCAAUUGCAAGUAAUGGUGUAAAUGGGAGUCCCAGAAUUUGCACGGAAAGUGGUGUGUGCUCUGAUGGUAGUGGAAUUCAGGGGGAUUUGAAUCUGAACAAUUUUAGAGAUGGUGUUAUUUCAUCAGCUUUCAUGGUUGGGCUUCUUGUCGCUUGUCCCAUUUUUGCAUCAUUGGCCAAAAGCAUCGAUCCUUUUAGGCUUAUUGGAGUUGGAUUGUCGGUAUGGACUCUUGCUGCAGUUGGUUGUGGAUUUUCAGUUGACUUUUGGUCUCUCACAAUAUGCCGAAUGCUAAUUGGUGUUGGUGAAGCUUCUUUCAUAAGUCUUGCAGCUCCAUUCAUUGAUGACAAUGCUCCACUAGAUCAGAGAUCAGCAUGGCUGGGAAUAUUCUUUGUGUCCACUUCGGUUGGAAAUGCCAUCGGUUAUGUUUAUGGAGGACUGGUUGGAGCUAGUUUAGGUUGGCGUUGUGCAUUUUUUGGUGAGGCAAUUAUAAUGCUACCAUUUGCUGUUUUGGGUUUUACAAUGAAACCUUUGCAUAUGAAAGGUAUGUCAACCGAUAAGAGGUUCCCAACGGCAUUGAAUGAGGAUCUUCCUGAACAUAGCUCCAAGAAACAUUCCAGCUACCUUUCAUUUACAUCAAGCCAGUUAUCCGCAUUCUGGCUAGAUAUACAAGCUCUUUUGCACGACAAGAAAUACAUGAUCAAUAUUUUAGGUUAUAUUACCUAUACGUUUGUCUUUGGUGCAUAUCCAUAUUGGGCACCAAAGGCUGGAUAUAGUAUAUAUCAAAUGAAUAAUGCCGAUCUCUUAUUUGGAGGAAUGACAAUAAUUGGUGGAAUUGUGGGGACAUUGGGGGGAAGUAUUAUCUUGGAUCGCAUGACUUCCACUAUACCUAAUGCUUUUAAGCUACUUUCUGCAACGACGUUCUUAGGAGCAAUAUUUAGCUCUGGUGCCUUUUGUUUCAGUAACUUGUACGUUUUCAUGGUUCUCUAUGUUAUUGGGGAGAUUUUUGGUCUUGCCGCUACGGUUCCUGUGAAUUUUGUUUGUCUCCAUACUGUUAAACCAAGUUUACGACCAUUAGCUAUGGCUAUGUUAACAGUGUCUGUUCGCAUCUUUGGUUCUGUGCCAUCCACUCCACUUGUUGGGAUACUCCAGGACAAAGUUGACAACUGGAGGACAUCCUUUCUGAUCCUAAAUUCAAUAUUGUUUUUGGCAUCUGGAAUAUGGUUCCUAGGCAUCUUUCUACGUGGUGCAGACAAAUACAACAAAGAUAUCGAGAAUCUAGUGACCUCUACCAAGACCUCAAACGUAACACCGUUGCUAGAUAACAAGCCGGAUGAUGUGAUUCCUACGUUGACUCCACUAUACGCAUGAAUUGAUGGAUAAUAGAUUCAAAACAAAGCAAAUGUACAGUAUCCCCUGUCAUUGAUGUUUUCUACUCGAUAGAAGUUUUCCUUAUUUGUGCUGUAAAAUUUUACCGGCAAAGCAUAUGACCUUUCAUUUACAAUGGGUUGGACAGAGUCAGAUCCAAUAUGAAAACAUUCCGACUCUAGCUCUUAAAAAAUAUUUAGUCCAUUAUAUACAUUCUCA